AAGACGUGCGUCACUUCGUGUUGACGCAAACUUCAGGAAAUGGCGGGUAAAUCCUAAUCCGAAUCAGAGUUUUUCUUGCCGCUCCAAAGAAAAAGUAGCUUGUGACAGCUGUCCCGUGAACCUCCCCCCGUCUUUGGCAAACGCUCGACGCAGCGAUGGCGUCUAAAAGAGGCGCCCUCAUCGUGCUGGAGGGGGUGGACAGAGCCGGGAAAACCACGCAGUGCAAGAAGCUGGUCCAGGCGCUGCUGCAGAGCGGCCUCCCGGCGGAGAUGAUGAGGUUCCCCGACAGGAGCACGACCAUCGGACAGCUCAUCAGCGCCUACCUGGAGAAGAAGAGCGAGCUGGAGGACCACACGGUGCACCUGCUGUUCUCUGCCAACCGCUGGGAGCUGGUGCCUGUGAUGAAGAAGAAGCUGGAGCAGGGCAUCACUCUGGUCGUGGACCGCUACGCCUUCUCCGGAGUUGCCUUCACCAGCGCCAAGCCCGGCUUCUCUCUGGACUGGUGCAUGAAGCCCGACACGGGGCUGCCGCAGCCCGACCUCGUCAUGUUCCUGCAGCUGAACCCGGACGAGGCCGCGCUCAGAGGUCAGUUCGGCGCCGAGCGAUACGAGACGAGCGCCUUCCAGAAAGCGGUUCAGGAGAAGUUCGAGCAGCUCAUGAAGGAUCAAUCGGUGAACUGGAAGGUCAUCAAUGCGUCACAGAACAUUGAGGGGGUUCACGACGACAUCAGAACGCACAGCCUCAACGUCAUCAACAAAGCUCAGACCAUGCCGCUCGGGGAGCUGUGGAAGAGAGCCUGAGCGGCUUAUCUGCACACCUCAGACUGCUGCCUUCUUAUCAACAUGAGAUGUAAUAUAACACUUUUAUGAAGCACAGAGAGAGAAACAGUUGUGAUUUAUUUUUAGUCCUCUUACAUGUCUGUUGUCCCAUCACUUGCCUAUACGCUUUGAUUAAAUAAAUAACUUUUAAACCAAAA